CUCGGUAGCCCCUCCCCGAGCCCCUGCACCCCUGCUCUGACAAGGCCCUCCGAAAGCAAGGGAUGCGGGCAAGGAGGGGAGGAGCUGACCUUUCAAAGCAGGGGCUGUAAUCUGAUCCCUGGGGACUCCCCCCAGCCUCCGCCCUCGCUGCCCUCUCUGCUGCCGACUCCUUCUCUACCGGAUCCUGGGGCAGAGUCCAGGGAGGCUCAAGGCUCCUCCACACACACCCGCUGAGUCCCGAGCGCCCGAGCUGCCGGCAUGGGGCGCGCUGAGGCCGCCGCCAUGAUCCCAGGCCUGGCCCUGCUCUGGGCAGCCGGGCUGGGGCGUGCUGCCCCCAGCCCCCCACGCCUUCGACUCUCCUUUCAAGAGCUCCAGGCCUGGCACGGCCUCCGGACCUUCAGGCUGGAGCGGACCUGUUGCUACGAGGCCUUGCUGGUGGACGAGGAGCGUGGACGGCUGUUCGUGGGCGCUGAGAACCAUGUGGCUUCCCUGAGCCUGGACAACAUCAGCAAACAGGCCAAGAAGCUGUCCUGGCCGGCCCCUGUGGAGUGGCGGGAAGAGUGCAACUGGGCAGGCAAGGACAUUGGGACGGAGUGCAUGAACUUUGUGAAGCUGCUCCACCCCUACAACCACACACAUGUGCUGGCCUGCGGCACGGGGGCCUUCCACCCUGUCUGCGCGUUCCUGGACGUGGGCCACCGGCUGGAGGAACCCAUACUCCGGAUGGAACCGAGAAGGGCUGAGGACGGCAAGGGGAAGAGCCCUUACGACCCCAGGCAUCGGGCGGCCUCCGUGCUGGUGGGGGAGGAGCUGUACUCAGGGGUGGCGGCGGACCUCAUGGGCCGGGACUUUACCAUCUUUCGCAGCCUGGGCCAACGACCGAGUCUCCGAACAGAGCCACACGAUUCCCGCUGGCUCAACGAACCCAAGUUUGUCAAGGUCUUUUGGAUCCCGGAGAGUGAGAAUCCGGACGACGACAAAAUCUACUUCUUCUUCCACGAGCUGGCGGUGGAGGCGGCGCCCGUGCUGGGGCGCCUCACUGUGUCCCGGGUUGGCCAGAUCUGCCGGAAUGACAUGGGUGGCCAGCGCAGCUUGGUCAACAAGUGGACAACGUUCCUGAAGGCACGGCUGGUAUGCGCGGUGCCUGGCGCGGAGGGCGACACUCACUUCGACCAGCUCCAGGACGUGUUCCUGCUGCCCACGCGGGACGCCCGGAACCCGCUGCUCUACGCCGUCUUUUCCACGUCCAGCGGCAUCUUCCAGGGCUCUGCCGUGUGCGUGUACGGCAUGAACGAUGUGCGCCGGGCCUUCCUGGGACCCUUUGCACACAAGGAGGGGCCCACACACCAGUGGGUGGCCUACCAGGGCCGUGUGCCCUACCCCCGGCCUGGCAUGUGUCCCAGCAAGACCUUUGGCACCUUCAGCUCCACCAAGGACUUCCCCGACGACGUCAUCCAGUUCGCCCGGAACCAUCCUCUCAUGUACAACCCGGUCCUGCCCAUCGGGGAGCGCCCUGUCUUCGUGCGAGUGAGUGCGGGCUACACCUUCACUCAAAUUGCGGUCGACCGCGUAGCAGCUGCGGACGGGCACUACGACGUCCUCUUCAUCGGCACAGACGUGGGAACGGUGCUGAAGGUGAUCUCCCUCCCCAAGGGCAGCCAGCCGAGUUCCGAGGGACUGCUUCUGGAAGAGCUGCACGUGUUUGAGCACUCAGCCGCUGUCACCAGCAUGCAGAUCUCCUCCAAGAGGCAUCAGCUGUACGUCGCCUCGCGGAGCUCAGUGGCCCAGAUCUCCUUGCACCGCUGUGCCGCGCACGGCCGCGCCUGCGCAGAAUGCUGUUUGGCGCGGGACCCCUACUGCGCCUGGGAUGGGGCCAAGUGUACACGCUUCCAGCCCAGCGCCAAGAGGCGGUUCCGGCGGCAAGACAUAAGGAAUGGCGACCCCAGCACGCUUUGCUCCAGGGACGCGCCCCGGCCGGCGCUGCUGGAGCGGAAGGUCUUCGGCGUGGAGGGCGGCAGCGCCUUCCUGGAGUGUGAGCCCCGCUCGCUGCAGGCGCGCGUGGAGUGGACUUUCCAGCGCACAGGGGAGGCUGCCUACGCCCAG